CGCUUAUCGAACCACGCGCAAAUCCAGCAGCUUGUUGACUGCUUGGGUGUCACGGGGUAGUGAUGUGACUUCUGGUUGUGUUCCAGUUCUCCAUGAAGUUAACGUUUCAAGGAUAAACAACAUAAAUGGAGAUAAAGCCUCCGUUGGACGCGUGUCAGUAAUCUUCACGGACUGGCCUCUAUAUAAGGAAGGAAGUUGUCAAUCCUUUUGACAAUGGCUAUCAACAAGCAUACCAACGAGAGCACACCUCUCUUGGACUCGGAUAAUGGGACUAAUAGGAGACCGUCAACCCCAUCAGUUUUCCAGGGAAGAAGACUUGCAUGUGCUGCUAUCUUGCUGGCUGAAUCACUGGAAAGGAUUGCAUUCUAUGGCAUUACAUCCAACCUUGUCCUCUUUUUGAAUAGUAGCCCUUUCUAUUGGGAGGGCACGCAAGCCAGUCAGGCUCCCCUGAUGUUCAUGGGGGUAACUUACCUGAUAUCCCCAUUUGGAGGCUGGUUGGCCGAUGCAUACCUUGGCAAGUUUUGGACUAUUGCCUCAAGUUUGAUUUUGUACUUUAUAGGUAUUCUAUUUUUCCCUUUCCUUUCAAAUGAAGACACCAGAGUAAAUAUGUGUGGAGAAGAGCCUGCAUUUCCAGUGCAACCCGCUGAGUGUCUCAGCACAAACAGUACCCCUCCAAGCAAUGUGACCUGCCCCAUCCGUGCACCUUAUUGUGGCCCUAUAGUUUACAGUGGACUUUUUUUCAUUGCGUUGGGUGUAGGGACUGUCAAGUCAAACAUCACUCCAUUUGGAGCAGACCAGGUCAAAGACCGAGGACCGGAGGCCACACGCCGAUUCUUCAAUUGGUUCUACUGGUGCAUUAACCUUGGUGCCAUCUUGUCACUGGGAGGUGUAGCCUACAUCCAGCAAAAUUUCAGCUUUGAGCUUGGCUACAUCAUUCCUACCGUGUGCCUUGGGAUUUCCUUCCUUGUUUUCCUCCUGGGCCGCACCGUUUUUAUCACCAAGCCUGCUGAUGGCAGUGCUUUCACUGAUAUGUUCAAGAUACUGAGCUUUGCCUGUUGCUCCUCAAAACCCAAAGAACCUGACUUGCUCAGAAGCAACAAACCAACUCUGUUGGAUUCUGCCAAAGUGACCUAUGGAGGAAAAUUCCCUGAAGAGAAAGUGGAGGAAUUGAAAUCUUUGGUGAAAAUCCUACCGGUUUUCUUAGCCCUUAUUCCUUACUGGACAGUGUAUUUCCAGAUGCAGACGACAUACAUCCUGCAGGGCCUCCAUCUUAGGAUUCCUGUUGCUGCCUUGAACAGCACGACUGACUCCCACAUGAUAUUUCGCUUCCCGGCAGCCUGGCUCACCAUGUUUGAUGCUGUGCUCAUCCUCAUGCUGAUUCCUCUUAAGGACAAAGUGGUGGACCCUAUUUUGAAGCGGCGUGGCCUGUUGCCCUCCUCUCUGAAGAGGAUUGCAGUAGGGAUGUUCUUUGUCAUGUGGUCGGCUGUGGCAGCGGGUAUUCUGGAGACAAAACGCCUGGAGAUUAUCAACGCAAAUGGUCCCAUUGACCAAGUGCUUGGCAACGUAGUCUACUAUGCAGCAGAUUUACCCAUUUGGUGGCAAGUGCCUCAAUAUGUGCUGAUAGGCAUCAGUGAAAUCUUUGCCAGCAUUGCAGGACUGGAGUUUGCUUACUCUGCUGCACCCAAGUCUAUGCAGAGUGCCAUCAUGGGGCUCUUCUUCUUUUUCUCCGGGAUAGGCUCCUUUGUGGGCUCGGGUUUGUUGGCCAUUGUGUCUCUCAAGGAGAUCGGCUGGAUGUCAUCCCACAAAGAUUUUGGAAACAUCAAUGACUGCUCCCUGCACUACUAUUUCUUUCUCCUGGCUGGGAUUCAGGGUGUCACUCUUCUCAUCUUCCUUAUCGUCACUUUUAAAUAUGACAAGCAGAGGGGCCGAGCAGGAAGCCAAAGGCAAAGACACAUCUCGUCCUGAUCCUGGUACACAUGGCCUGUAAUGCUCACAUCCUACCAGUCCAAUUACGAGUCAGAUCCUAAAGUUCCCCACUCACUGUUUAUAUUAUGUUUUAAGUCUUCUGUUUUCCUUUAAAAAUGUUUUUCAAAGACCGCAUGGCUUGAAACACACCUCGGGGAAAAAUGUUGUGCCUAACGCAGGAGUUCCGUCACACAUCUACUCCUAUUAUCUAAAUAUGUUGCCUUUAUUUGCACUAAACCUGCAAUGGUGUCAGAAGAUUUCAGUUAAAGAAGUAUACAUACCUUUUUUCAGAUGCAAAUUUUGAUUAUGAAAAUAUAAUAUUUUAUGAAUGUUAUUAAAAUAACGAGAUGUAUAAUACGUAAACCUAAAAAGAAAAAAAAAAAACAUUUUGAGAGGUUAAGUACAAAUGAAAGAUAGAGUGUGGGUGAACAAAUGUGGACAUCAUCGUCUUCUAAGUAGGCAUGCGGGUGCUUUUAGAAUUAACCAGUCACAUGGAAUUUGGCGCAUACUGCCAUCAUUUAAAAUGCUUUUGAUUAACCCCCAAGUAAAGUUCAGAUAAACUUAUAGACUAUUCGGGACAUUUUUUACAAUCUUCUUCAGAUCUUGGGACUAUGUGGUAGAGAGGCAAGAAGGAAGCUUCAUCAUACACAGAAGAAAAAGACAAAUAUAUUAUUGUUUAUUUCCCAAAUAUGUGGCAAAAAAUAAACUUAUAUAAAGUGGACUGAAAAUAGUACUGAUGGAAUUCCCACCAAGUCAGAAGAAGCCGACUAGAAUUUUAGAUUGCGAGGCACUCUAGAUUUUAGAAUUUUAAAAAUGUGCGUCGACAACUAUUAUGAUUUUGAAAGUGACAGGGUUUGCUCGCUUCUGCAGCCAGAUGACCUCCGUUUUUUUAAAUUACUAUUUUCUCAAUUGACUUCUGCAGGUUGAAGGUCACAUUAAUGUGGAAGUAAUUUAUCUCAGUCUCAUUUUUAUAUAUCAUAGAAAUCUUGCUUUUUAAAAGGCACGAUAUAAAACAUUUUUACUCUAGUUUAGCAGUUUUUGUUAUUCAGACAGCACUGCACUAUUUUGUUUAUCUACUUUCCCCCCUGAUCAUGUGUGAAGCAUCAACAUUUUGUCAAAUAUUUACAAUGAUUUUUUUAUUUUUUUUUAAUUAUGUUAAAUGUACUUUUUCUUAAACACGCUUGUAUUUAGAGGGGUUAAUAGAAGAGUGUCAGUUCCUGACAAUAUACAGAAACGGGAGCGGAUUAAAAUGCAAAUUCUGUUGUGCAUUUUGCAGGAGUCACAGGAGUAUAAAUUGUGUUUUUAGCAUUUCAUUUUUAUAAAAAAAUAUUCAAUCCACUGAGAGUUACAUGUUGAAAUGUUGAUCACUCCACAUGAUGCCAAUGAAGCCUCAAUAAUUAUUUUUAUUUUAGGUGGCAAUAGUCAAGGUAAAGUUUGAUAAAAAGCUGGAAAUACAUAUUGAAACUGGAAGAAAACUACUCCAAAAAUGUAUCCACAGGAAUUUACUCUGUUUUUUUUAUUAAUAGGAAUGCUGUGUUGUCACUCAAAAUCUGGAAAACCCGGUUCAUGAAUUAAGAAAAAGUGUUUACAAACCAUGUAUUUAAAACUGCCUUGUGAGAACUUUGAUCAGAGUUCAUUGUGCCGCUAAUGUGUUAUAUUUGUAAAAUCACGUCAGCCUUUAGGAUUAUUUUUAUUUGUGUUUGAUCCAUUAAACAAGUACUCCUUGUUAGAUUACAUGACAUUUUUUGCCUCAAUUCUCCAUUUUGGGAUGCGGCAUUUUUCCAUUAAAAUGUUUCAAAUUAAA